AUGAAAGAUGAAAUCAUGUUUGACAACCAAACAAAGCCAUGCAGAUCGAGGGUUGACUCCAAAAGCAAUUCAAGUUCUCUGAAACCUAAGUUUGGAUCCUCAUGGGGUUCCCAAAUUGUCAAAGGGUUUACAGCAGACAAGAAAACCAAGAAGACAGCAGCAGUUGCAAGUAAAAAACCACCUCUUGCAAGUGUUGAAAAUGUCAAUCAGACCAUCCAACAGAUUCCGUACCACUCUAGGGUUAAAAGAUCCCUCAUUGGGGACUUCCCUUGUUCACCUGCUGGUGCUCAAGUCCACCCCCAUGUCUUCGAUUGCCACAGUAUUAGGUCCCCAGCAUCCCAUGAUCUUUUUCUUGAGUUGGAUCAUCUCAGGGAGCAACUGCGUGAGUCGAAAGAAAGGGAAUUAGCAUUACAGUCAGAGUUGCGGCAAUGCAGAGAAAACCCAAAAGUUUCAGAACUUGAGAAGGAGCUUUAUUCUAUGAGGGAUGAAGUUGACAGGCUUGCACGACUGAAGACUUCAUUAGAAGCUGAGAAAACAAGCAUAUCUGAACAAUUGUCAGCUCUAUCUUCUAUGGUAGAGCACCAUGAAGAAAAUGUAAGAUUAGAUAGCCAUGGCAACCUGAUAUCUAGUGUUAAUGGGGACAACACACCUUCAGAAAAUUUGGAGUUUGAAGUUGUUGAACUACGCCGGUUAAACAAAGAGCUACAGUUUCAGAAACGAAAUCUUGCAAUUAAGCUCUCUUCAGCUGAAUCCAAAUUGGCUGGCCUUGAGAAGAAUGCAGAGAGUGAUAUAGUUGCCAAGGUUCAAGCUGAGGCAUCGUUGCUGAGGCACACAAAUGCAAACCUCAGCAAGCAAGUUGAGGGAUUGCAAAUGAGUCGGCUAACAGAGGUUGAGGAGCUUGCUUAUCUUCGGUGGAUCAAUUCAUGUUUACGCCAUGAGCUCUGUAAUUCAGAUCAAGCAGCUAGAGCAAUGACGGAUAUAGAUUGCAAUGGUGUCAUGGCUUUUAAUGAAGAUGAUGGUGGUGAAGGUGAUGCAAAAAAUGCUGAGGACAGUUCUGAUAUAAAAUUCAGCAUUGCAGAACGCAUCAAGCAGUGGUCCCAGAAUGAUAAGAGUUGUCAAGCAUCUAAAAAGGAAGCCCUUCUUGAUAGGGCAUGGAUUGAAGCUGCAGAAGCACGAAGCCCGACACGUAGGCACUCACUUGGUGGACCAAAGGGAUGUGCACAAGACUUCAACAUCAUUAAAAGAAGGCAAUCUGAUACCUUUAUCAGCCUUCCGGAUGCAACAGAUGAGUCAUUUGCCUGUAAUAAGGAUCCUACAAUCAGGGAGAAGCGUGACCUUCUUGUGGACAAGUAUGAUUUUGGUCGAUCUGAAAGUUCAAGAUUUGUUCUCAGCAAGCCAGAAGUAUGCAAGUCACAGUGUCUGGAUGUUGAAAAGCGUGCAUUGCGCAUCCCUAAACCUCCACCAAGACCUUCUGUUUCUGUGUCAAAUUCUGGUCCAUCAAAUGGAUCGACUGUAAAUCCACCGCGACCACCACCGCCGCCACCUCCUCCAAAGUUUUCCUCAAAAAGUACUGGGGUCAUGAAGAGGGCACCUCAGAUCAAGGCAGAUAUUGAGACUCAAGGUGAAUUUGUGAAAUCAUUGAUUAAGGAGGUGACUGGUGCAGCCUACAAAGAUAUCGAAGAUGUGGUUGCAUUUGUGAAGUGGCUAGAUGAUGAACUUGGCUUCCUAGUGGAUGAGAGAGCAGUGUUGAAGCAUUUUGAUUGGCCUGAGAGGAAGGCAGACACUCUACGAGAGGCAGCUUUUGGCUACCAGGACCUGAAGAAGCUGGAAUCGGAAGUUUCAAACUAUAAAGAUGAUCCACGCCUGCCCUGUGAAAUCGCGCUGAAGAAAAUGGUUACACUAUCUGAAAAGACUGAGAGAGGUGUCUACAACCUUCUGAGGACAAGAGAGGCUAUGAUGAGGCAGUGCAAGGAGUUUAAUAUUCCUACUGACUGGAUGCUUGAUAACAAUCUUAUUAGCAAGAUAAAGUUUGCUUCUGUGAAAUUAGCGAAGAUGUACAUGAAAAGGGUUGCAAUGGAGCUUCAAUACAUGGGCCCUCUGAACAAGGAUCCAGCUCUGGAGUACAUGCUGCUUCAGGCUGUGAGAUUUGCCUUCAGGAUGCAUCAGUUUGCUGGAGGUUUUGACCCGGAGACCAUGGAUGCGUUUGAAGAGCUGAGGAACCUUGUUCACGUCAGGAAUAGCACCCAAUAG